AUGAAAGAAACGUCGCCUCGACUGUUUCAACCUUGGGAUGAGCUCAAUACACUCAUUAGUUCGUUCGGUCUCUAUCGUAGUGAGAAAGCAGCUUAUGAUAGAAUUAUCAUUAACACUUUAUACAACACCAAUCAGAUAGCUGGAGCCGGACAUCCGGCCGAAGUAAUUGAAUCUGUAAAACAUGAUAACGAAGAUGACGGUCUCUUUGGUCGAUUUCUAUUAUCAGCUCCCAUACCGCAUUCACCUCUUGCCGAAGAAAUAUAUGAUAUUAAUGAAGAUUGUGCACGUUUGAUGCAUCUUUUGUACAUUAUUAAUAUAUUAAAUCCAACGGAAAAUGAAAAUAUGGCGAUCCGAUUCGUAUGGUAUAUAAAUACGAAGAAGCAGCUGAAUCUAUCAUGUACGGUGCGGAGACAAUCAAACGGAGAUAAUCAACCAGUCAAUAUGGAUAUUGACGAAACUGAUGAAAAUAAUCCACCUACUGCUUUACAAAGCGUUUCGGCACGAAAUGCCCUCGCAAUAACUACUUCGCAGCAGUCAGUCACUUUACGUCAACAGCUGCCACUGGAUGGUACUCGAAGAAGUCAAAUACGUCGAAGUCAUAGCACUACUACUGUGCAAAAUGAAGGUUUACCACCUCAUUUUCAUUCACCACAGAUACUCCUGGUCGGACUGAACAAGCUACUGGUGGAAGCAGAUCUCCACAGAUGCUUCAAAGUACAUUUAGAAGAUCUACUACAAGGUUCUGAAGGACAACCUAUAUGGAAAUUUGAUAAACGAGACAUCAGUGGGGACUAUUUAUCAGAUGGCAAUGUAGAAUUAAUUGCUGAAAAACUGAGAACGAAUACACAUUGCGCAUUACUUCAGUUAUCCGAAAACAACAUUACUGAUAUGGGAGUUGGUUAUUUAGCAGAAAUAUGA